AUGUCCUUCGGCCUUCCUGCUCGUCUUCCCUUCUCUUGUGCGUUUCUUCUGGACACAGACGCAAGCCUGAACGUGGCUAUUAGUCCAUUCCUGUCGCUGGCAGAUGCCAUUUCAGGCUUGGGCUCCAAAGCCAAUGCCUCCAUGUCUCUGUUCCGCAACUCCAACUACAAUGACACGUAUCCAUCAGGCCAGAUCAUCUUGCCAGUGGGUUCACCAUUGUACGUGGGUGUGUCUGUGGAGGAGGUGGAUUCACCCUUUGUAGUCGUUCUGGAGGACUGCUAUGCCACUAACUCAUCAAACCCUGAUGAUCCCGUGCAAUACUAUUUCAUUCAGAACAAGUGUCCAACUGACCGCAGACAGGUGUCAGUGACUGAGAGCGGCUUGUCCCUCCAUGCUCGCUUCACUGCCCUGCUCUUCCUGCUCCAGGAUGAAUACCAAGACACUUUCCUUCAUUGCAGCCUCAGCUUGUGUAACCAAAGGAACUCCUCUUGUGUUCCAUCUUGCACAAGUAGGAGGUCCCGCUCUGUUUCCACCUCUGAGCCUCUGAAGCCCCUCACCAUUGGACCAAUUAUCUGGGUCAAGUAACCUGAGUGAGCUGAUUACAACCAGUAAUAAAAACAAAUGACAUCACAU